GGGGAAUUGCGUAAAGAGAUAUCGGACCUUGAGGAGAAAACCGGAUCUGAGAACCAAGUGUUUGACGCUGAAUUUAUUUCCUGCAAUUUGGCUCAACUGAUUGAAACAGUUCGACAGUUUGAACGAUUGUUCGGUGUUGUUGCCCAGCGAACAAACUCGGAUACUUUGCAAUUGUUUUUCCAUGGUUGUAGCAUGCCCUCAAACUCCAAAGUUGUGUGCACGUGUCAGCUACGUUACUCGAAAUUACGUCGAUUCGAGGCGAUCAGUUGCAACCCUUUGGUCCCAGAUUUCGAGCGUCUGGUGAAUCAUUUGAAUGUGACAAACGACAUGCGUAGUUUCCUGAUACUCUUGCGGCAUCGCUUCCGGCGUUAUUUCGAGUUGGCAAAUGCGAUAUCAAAGCAGUUGACACACUGA